GUUUUCAAAUUACAGCAGCAACAAGUAAACAUACUACAUAACAUAGGGCAAAGGAUCUUACAACUUCUUUACCAUAUUCUUAGACUUCUAGAAUCUAGAUCAAGAUCUAUUAAUAAUUAAUGAAAAAAAAAUUCGUAUGACUGUGUUUCUUAAAAUAAAUUUGGGUUGACCUACACGAUGAGACUGAAUGUACGUUUACAUUACAAGGCGCUUACAUCUAUUUUUUCAAAGGGCUUUCAAAAUACUUGUCACACUCAACACACUGUCCACAGUCACUUUUGUACCCAAAAUUAUUAUUCUCAAACUUUGUGUCUUACUCCAAAGCGCCAUCAAAUAGAUCUGAUAGGGAAAACACUGUGGCAGCAUUUUAAAAAAUCUAGAUCUAUCUAUAGUUCUUGUAGAUCUAAUAGGUCUAAUAUUUUUACUCUAAGCGAGCAAAAAUAUUCAAGCUUUUGUAGCCAGUUAUCUGCUCGUCAAUAUUCACAAGACUCUGUCUCUGAUAGAAUAGAAAUUAACAAUCAGAAUUUAUCCGUUAGUAAAAAACUAAUUAUGGCUGCUAAAAAUAUGCAACCCAAGAGCUCGGUGAAACAGAACUUUGAUUUUUUUCUUGUCCUUGAUUUUGAAGCUACCUGUGAUAAAGUGGCUCAACCUAAUCCACAGGAAAUAAUAGAGUUUCCUGUUUUAAAAGUGAAUGCUACCACAAUGAAAGUUGACUCAAUAUUUCAUCAAUAUGUCAGACCACAGUUUCACCCUCAGCUAACUACAUUUUGUACAGAACUAACAGGAAUCAUACAGGCUAUGGUAGACAAUCAGCCACAUUUGCCUCAAGUUUUACAGAGCUUUCAUGAGUGGAUGUCAAGUGAAGGUUUGUUAGAUCCUAAAACCAAAAGUAUUUUUGUAACUUGUGGUGAUUGGGAUCUCAAAACAAUGUUGCCCAAGCAGUGUACAUUCUUAGAGCUCUCUCUCCAACCAUAUUUCACACAGUGGAUAAACAUUAAAAAGUCUUACGCAGAUGUCACCAGUGUUUUUCCCAAAGGAAUGAUGGUGAUGUUGAACAAUUUAAAUCUGAAGCAUGUUGGUAGACAUCAUAGUGGAAUAGAUGAUUGUCACAAUAUUGCCAAUGUUUUGAUAGCAUUAAUGCAAAGAGGCUACAUUUUUAAACAGAAUGGUAACUUGAAUAGCUGAAUAUAAUGAUUUGCUGUAUAUAUUUGAUGGUUAUGUAUGCAUGUAUUGAUAUCUGGUCUAAGAAAAAAUAAACAUUGAUUUUAUA